AAAGAGGCGGUUUCGUUGCGGUCACCGCUUACGAGCUCUUUGCGAAUUGAACUAGUUUCGCUUUCUGUUCUGGUGAAGCCGGGGGCUUGUUGUUCCUUCCAGUUUGGAACGAGAUCUUUUUAAAAGUUCCGUCGGCUGUGUUUUCCCCAGUUGAUUCAAUUGCCUCUGUGCAUAUACAGUGCUUACCUUUCGUGUCUGUUAUUUUUAGCUUAGUUAUGCCUUCUGAAGACGAUCUGGACUGUGUGUAUGAAUAUGAUUCGACCUGGGACUCAUUGAGCGAGGAGGACGAUUCUCCUGACGAUGGAGAUCAGUGUGCCGCUACGGGUAGACCCCAGAAAUAUAUUUGGAACUACGGUCGCUCUGUAUUAGCCACAGUGUAUAGGAAACAAGCUGAGGUGUGUCUUCUCAAACCCAAGCAAAACCAGGAUCAAACUGCUAUGCAUUGGGACUGCUAUGCAUUGGGAGCCUUAUUGCCAUCCCUGGUACACUGUAUUACAGACAGCUUUAAAGAGGGCUUUGGGUCCCAAUCUGCACGAAAUAUGCGUGCUGCUAAAGAUAUGCAGAUUUAUCGGCACGGAUAUCCAAAUCUGCAAGAAAAUGAAGAGAAUGCAAAUAAGGAAAUGUGUAAUUUGUUGUUUUACCAGAAUGCAUGUCCUUCUGAGCCAGACGGGGUAACAAUAGAGGAGUUUCACUCUGAAUGGAAGACAAACUAUAGGAAACUGGUAAGAACAUUUCUUCAAAGUAGGGAUGAGCAUUGCAGUAUGGCAAAGUUGUUUCCUUUGCGGGAGCCAGGAAUGAACUACAGGGCCUAUGAACUCACACAGAAGGAAAUGAAGGCAUUUCAGCAAUCUGAGGAAGCAAAACAGAGGCUGGUCAAGUCGUACAAACUCAUGCUGGGGUUCUAUGGUAUAGAGCUGGUGGAUGAGGGGACUGGAGAAGUGAGACGAGCAAACAACUGGGAGGAAAGAUACAGUAACCUGAACCGAAACUCGCACAAUAACCUCCGCAUAUCACGCAUCCUCAAGUGCUUGGGAGAGCUUGGGUUUGAACACUACCAGGCCCCACUCGUGAAGUUUUUCCUGACUGAGACCCUGGUGAACAAGGAACUGGGCAGCGUCAAGCACAGUGCUCUGGACUACUUCCUGUUCUCAAUCCGAGACAAAAAGAAACGCAGGGAACUAAUUGAAUAUGCCUACCGUCACUACGAAUCCAAGGAACAAUUCGUAUGGUGUCCCCGGAAAAUUCAGAUGCGAUUCAAAAGACGAAAUACGCCUGGGGAGAAAUGUAAGGAGAAAGGCGGUGGUGGUGGUCUUUCCACAUGCGAAGUUAAUCAGUGUGAGGCAGUGUGAGGCCCAAUGGAAUCUGAUCCCAUCGCAACAAACAAUGAAGGAGCUUGUCAAGACUCUGAUAUGGAAUGUGAAAUGAUUUAAACUGCAUUGCUAAAUGAAUGUUAUAUGAAUGUAAAGUGCCGUGUGGCACAGUUUGAUUGGCUACUUCUCCUGUUUGAACGCAUUCGAAAGCAACUGCUGUUCUAACUUUAGUCAAAGUGCAUUAGUUUGAUAUUUAAAAAAACAAAAGCGCAGUCUAAAUUAGUUACAGUUGUACUGUAUUGUAUUAUAUGUAUAUGCUGGUACAGUUUGAACAGUGUGUUUGUGGCUCUCAGGAUUCAAACUGAGACCAGUGGGAAUUUCAGAACUUAAAUCCUGAAGUUGCCUUUCUGUGGUGGUUUGAGGAAUAUUGUUCAAGAUAAGCAGUUUGGUUUUAAUGUUAUGGGUGUCAGCAUAAUAGGUUUUAAAUGAAUUACAAAAGAAGAAAACAAAAUUUAAGGGGUACUAUGUUAGCAAAAAUUAAGAAUACCUCCAUUGCAGUAUUUUUCCAGUUGAAAUUGAAAAAGGUUUACUCAAAUUAAUCAAAAAAUAAGAAUACGUUGUUCAUGUUUUUAAAACAUUUUUUUAAUUAUUUGUAUGAAAUUCUUAUUUUUAUCAUUUGAUGGAUAAAAAUAAUGAAUAUUGUUUAAAUUGUUUGAAUAAAAAAAAAGCUGCUGUCUUUAAGAGAA